AUGCAUUUUCAAGACAACAUUGGCGGCGUUGUCUCUGCUCGUUGCAAGAAAAUUCUAAGGUCCGCCGGCACCUCGCGGCAAUCCGCCAAGUCCUCCUGGCGUGAAGAGUGGACGCCAGGGAAGGCGCCGGAGCUUGUGGGCCAAGCGCCGGAUCAGCCAGCGCCGCCGCCAGCGCCGCCGCCAGCGCCUUGUGAGGCCACAACGGUGCCGGACCCCAACUUUGCCUUAGCCUUGAAACGAGCCAGCGAAAGUGCCAAUGCAAAGUCGGCCACGGUGCCGGCCCUGGGCCAUCGGCGCUGGAGCAAAGGCUCCAGUAGUGAGGAGCUGCCUGCAAGUGAUGCAGCUGCUUCCGCCAGCGCAGUGCUUCCCGCGCAACGUGAAGGUUCCAAAGAGGCGGGUCUUCAACGUGGUUUUUCUGACCUGGCUUUGUCCUUCGCCAGUCUCGAUGAAACUCUGUAGCUGCAGCCCAGGAUGGUUGAUAAUAG